AUGAAGAUCUUCGUUAACCGAUUCGUGAAUUCGAAUGCAAUCCCUGGACCUUGUCGCAGCGUGAUAAAUGAGACUUCUCUAAAAAUGGUUAAUGACAAUCUACAUUCUAAUAUUAAUGAUAAAGUAUCAGAUGUAGCCAAGAUGAUUGAUGUUAUGCCUAAGUCAAAUGCAUCAGAUCAAGUUAAUCCUUGGAGUAAUAAGCCUUUCAUUAAGUUGGAUUUCAAAGAUGAAGAGGUAUUGUUAUCGGAAGAUGGCAUGGCUGUUAAACUUAAUUUGGAAUUGGAGGAGGAAAAUUCUAAAAGACUAUCAAAAUCUCUGGUAAUUAAGGUCUUUGGAAGAGAUUUACCUUCCAACAUAGUGGCAUGGGAAUUAAGAAAGCAAUGGAGGCAAUUUGGACAAUUUCAUUUCACUACUUUGGGUAAAGGUUGGUUUUUGUGCUCUUUCUCUUUGGCGGAAAUGGUAGAAGAUGUCAACUCAGGGGGGCCUUGGUUUGUGAAUGAACACAUCGUCCGUAUGGAAAAAUGGACUCCGGAAUUUAACUCUUCAACAAUUAAAGGACUUACUUCCCCUAUUUGGAUUAGAAUGCCAAACUUGCCCUUGCAAUGUUGGGAUGAGAAAAAUGUGGCUUGCAUCUCUUCUAGAAUUGGUAAACCAAUCAUGCUAGAUGGAAAUAUGUUUCAUUGGGGAAGAAAAGAAUUUGUAAGAGUCUGUGUGAGGGUCAAACUUGAUCAACCUCUUUCACUAGGAGUUUGGGUUGAUAGCAUGGGUGGAAGGUUCUUUCAAAAAGUGGAAUAUGAAAAAGUUUCAAACUUUUGCUUUGUAUGUGCAAAAAUUGGUCAUUUUGAUAAGGAAUGCGUCCAUUUAAAUAAAACCCUUAAUAGCUCGGAGAAAGAAGGAGAUGGUGCUGUAAGGAAAAUUGAUGUAGAGGUUCAUGAAGUUUAA